ACAUGCUUUUACUGGAAAAUGAACAAGUCGAUAUAAGUAUUGAUCUUGGCACCGGACACAGACAAGGUUUUUGCCAUUGCUGAUUUUGAAAAGAAAGCAGCUUUAUUGAUCUGGCCGAUACAGACUGCUGGACCCGUGUAGAUAAUGAUAAUAAUGUGGGGUUGUUGGGAUGUGAGGAUGCUGGAUAAGAAUGGCGGAGCCUUUUCUCUCAAAGUUCUAACAACGAUUAGAUGCUUUGAUGAAUAUAUAUUUGAAUCAUUGAGGUUUGAUUACUGCGAUGUUGUCACUGAGGUCAGGGGUCUUCUCCGUCCUCUGCAGGUGGCGACAGACAAGGUUGCUGGUAAGCUGAGUUCUACUCUCUCAUGGGUGAAGAACUCGGUGUCCCACACGGUCAGUCAGAUGGCUAGCCAGGUGGCCACGCCCACAUCCCUGCAGACCCCCGCCACUUCGUCCUCCACGUCGCUUUCAUCGCCCGCCCUGUCACCAUCCUCGCCGGCGCUGCUCACCCCCGACGAUGAGGAGCUGCUCGCCAAGCUGGAGGAGCAGAACAGGCUGUUGGAGACGGACAGCAAGUCGCUGCGCUCGAUGAACGGCUCCCGGCGGAACAGUGGCUCCUCCCUGGUGUCCAGCUCCUCCGCCUCCUCCAACCUCUCCCACCUGGAGGAGGACUCGUGGAUCCUUUGGGGGCGAAUUGUCAACGAGUGGGAGGAUGUGCGCAAGAAGAAGGAGAAGCAGCUCAAGGAUCUUGUCAGAAAAGGGAUUCCUCACCACUUCCGGGCAAUAGUGUGGCAGCUGCUGUGCAACGCACAAAGCAUGCCCAUCAAAGAUCAGUACUCGGAGCUGCUGAAGAUGACGUCGCCCUGCGAGAAGCUGAUUCGCAGGGACAUCGCCCGCACGUAUCCCGAACACGAUUUCUUCAAGGAGGACAGCUUGGGCCAGGAAGUGCUCUUCAACGUCAUGAAGGCAUAUUCUCUGGUGGACCGCGAAGUCGGCUAUUGUCAGGGGAGUGCGUUCAUCGUUGGACUGCUACUCAUGCAGAUGCCAGAGGAAGAGGCCUUCUGCGUGUUUGUGAAGUUGAUGCAGGACUACAGGUUACGGGAGCUCUUCAAACCCAGCAUGGCGGAGCUGGGCCUCUGCAUGUACCAGUUUGAGUUCAUGAUCCAGGAGCAACUCCCAGAGCUGCACAUGCAUUUCCAGGCUCAGAGCUUUCACACCUCCAUGUAUGCCUCCUCGUGGUUCCUCACCAUCUUCCUUACGUCCUUCCCUCUGUCCGUCGCCACGAGAAUCUUCGACAUCUUCAUGUGUGAGGGUCUGGAGAUAGUUUUCCGUGUUGGACUUGCCAUCCUUCAGAUGAACCAGGCUGAACUCAUCCAGCUCGACAUGGAGGGAAUGUUACAGCACUUUCAGAGAGUUAUCCCACACCAACUCGACAGCGGCCCAGAUAAAGUCAUCCUGGCUGCUCAUCAAGUCAAGUACAAUGCCAAGAAGAUGAAAAAGUUAGAGAAAGAAUACACUACAAUCAAAACUAAAGAGAUGGAGGAGCAGGUGGAGAUCAAGAGGCUGCGGACGGAGAACCGGCUGCUGAAGCAGAGGAUAGACACACUAGAGAAAGAAAGUGCUUCCUUGGCAGAUAGAUUGAUCCAGGGACAAGUGACUCGCGCUCAGGAGGCAGAGGAGAACUACCUGGUCAAGCGGGAGCUGGCCACAGUCAAACAGCAGAGCGAGGAGGCCAGUGCUCAGCUGGAGCAGGCCAAGAGCACCAUCAGGCAGCUCCAGCAGCAGCCACACGCGAAGGGGCCCCCUCGGUACUCUGAGGACUCCGUCCUGCAGCUGGAGCAGGAGCUUGUACAGGCCCGGCUGAAUGAGGCAGAGUCCCAGUGCGCGCUCAAGGAGAUGCAAGACAAGGUCCUUGACAUAGAAAAGCGAAACACGUCUCUACCGGAUGACACCAACGUGGCACGACUACAAGAGGAGCUGAUUGGGGUGAAGUUGCGGGAAGCGGAAGCUGUGACUGGCCUGAAGGAGCUGAGGCAGCAGGUCCGAGACCUGGAAGAGCACUGGCAGCGUCACCUGGCGCGCACCGCCGGGCGCUGGAAGGACACCCCGAAGAAGAACACCCUGGGCGAGCUACAGGACGAGCUGAUGAGCGUGAGGCUGCGCGAGGCAGAGGCCCAGGCCGAGCUCCGAGAAACACGGCAGAGGACCCUGGAGCUGGAGACGCAGAGUCAGAUUCACAGCAACCAGCUGCGACGGGCGGAGCAGGAGAGCCGCUGUCUCCAGGAGCGUGUGCAAACGCUGACAGUGCAAAACAAAGAUCUGCAUGUGCAGCUGCAAGAGAUCAAGCGGAGACAAGCCGAGAUUGAAUGCAAGAGUAAAGAAGAGGUGAUGGCAGUGAGGCUGAGGGAAGCUGACAACAUUGCUGCGAUGGCGGAACUCCAGCAACAGAUCUCAGAGCUCGAGAUUGAGAAAGAAGAGGGGAAGGUCCAGGGCCAUCUGAACCACACAGACUCCAGUCAGUACAUCCGCGAGCUCAAAGACCAGAUAGCAGAGCUGAAACACGAGAUCCGCUGCUUGAAGGGACAGAGGGGCCUGGCCGGUCAGUCCACUUUUGAUGGGAUCCACAUCGUCAACCACUACGUGAAGGACGACGAGUCCUACCAGUCUUCAGAUGAAGACGCGGUCAAGGCGCCCGCCCUCCAGGGCGCACAGCAGAGGAGCAGCGGCCGAAUCCGACUGCGCCCCAACCUCGGGGACACGGAUAGCGAGGAGGAGGAGGAGGAGGAGGAGGAGGAGGAAGAGGACGGGGAGGCCCUGCGGCUCUCUGUGCCUCAGAGCGGCAGCCACACGUCCACAACUCAGCACUCCUCCCUCCGCAGCUGGACCUUCAUCACCGCCGCGGUCCUGGUCCUGGUCCUGGUCCGGUCCGGUCCCGUCCCGUCCGCUCCCUGCAGCCCGGAGAUGCCUCGCUCCUUCCUGGUGAAGAGUAAGAGGGCGCACAGUUACCACCAGCCCCGCACGUUGCAGGACGACCACAGCCGGCUGGACACGAUACUGCCGCACAUAUCCUCAGAGGCGGAUAAGCUCCCCGGGGACACCGAAGUGACGGCGGAGAGCUACGGCCUCUCCCCGGACUUGCGGCUGGCCGACGUGGGAGACUUCUUCCCCAAGUCCCCGCUGAGCUGCACCGGCAGUCUGUGCGGCCGCUCCCCGGACUACGAGGACUUCUGGAGGCCGCCGUCCCCCUCCGCAUCGCCGGCUGAUUCGGAGAAGUCUCUGUCCCCGCCGGUGGACGAGGCCCAGCCCUUCACCGUCCCCUUCCGGCCGUACGCCUGGAGCAGCUACCCGAGGCCCGGGCUGGGGCCCCUGGUGCAGCAGGGUCUUCACGCGGGCCUGGAGGUGGACAGGGGCCCGGCCGCGCUGGCCUUCUUCGGGGAGCAGCGUGCCGCCCACCCGGGCCUGUACUCCGAGCGGGUUCUGGGAGAGGAGGCGUACGGUGACUACCGGAGGCACGCCGCCGCCGCCGCCGCUCUGCUGUUCCCGGACAGGGGCCUGCGCGGAAAAGCUCACGGCGCCAAGGCCCCGUCCGACCUGCUGUGUCCCAGCCUCGUCCUGAACGGCGCCUACAAGUGCGUCAAGUGCGCCAAGGUGUUCUCCACUCCGCACGGUCUGGAGGUGCACGUCCGCAGGUCGCACAGCGGCACCAGGCCGUUCGCGUGCGAACUGUGCGGCAAAACCUUCGGCCACGCAGUGAGCCUGGAGCAGCACAAAGCCGUGCACUCUCAGGAGAGAAGUUUCGACUGCAAAAUAUGCGGCAAGAGCUUCAAGAGGUCGUCCACCCUGUCCACGCACCUGCUCAUCCACACCGACACGCGGCCGUACCCGUGUCAGUACUGCGGCAAGCGGUUCCACCAGAAGUCGGACAUGAAGAAGCACACGUUCAUCCACACAGGCGAGAAGCCGCACAAGUGUCAGGUGUGCGGGAAGGCGUUCAGCCAGAGCUCCAACCUCAUUACGCACAGCAGGAAGCACACCGGGUACAAACCGUUCGGCUGCGACCUGUGCGGUAAGGGCUUCCAGAGGAAGGUGGACCUGCGGCGGCACAAGGAGACGCAGCACGGACUCAAGUGACGCGGCCGCGGCACGGACACGUGCCCCGUCCCGUCCCCGUCCCGUCCCCGUUCCUCACAAAGACACUUUACACACAGAGACAAUCGCUUCAGGACAUUUCUCCUCCUUAACAAAAAACGUAAUGUGAAAAGAACAUUGAAAAUAUAUUGAAUAUGUUUUCCUAUUUAUUUUUUUAUCAAAGAAAAGUCCCAUCAAACAAACAGUGGACAUGACGUCCCGGGACGGGUUGCUGUGAAGGCCCGGAGAGAUGAACAAGGACCCGCGGUGUCAUGAUGAUGACGAUGACGCACCACACAAAUCAGUUGUCAUCAUCAUCAUCAUCAUCAUCAUCAUGUCUGAUAUGAAUCCGCUGGGUGCGCACUAAACCCAAAAUCUGCGCUUCUCCAAAGCACAGAGGGAUUUUUUUUUUCUUUCCCUGUUUGGGACCGAUGCGGGCAAAACAGCGUCCUCACACGCAUGCGAUUUUAUAGACAGGCUGGUCACUGCCCUGAUAUGUCGUCAUUUCUCGUCUUCUUCUUUUGCUCAUUUUCUUGUCAGACUCAAAUAUAAAUGUCGUUUACAAAAUAAAUAUAACACAUUAAAUAACAA